AUGCUUGUCUGGAUCGUGUUUGCAGCUGUGCUUCUUCUCGCCCUUUUAUUCCGACAUCCUCACUUUUUACAGGAUGUCCGCUACGUGCUCUACAGACUCCAAACAAGGCGCCUUGUGCUCGGAUACUAUCAGACGAAUUACUCCAUCCUGGACCGGUUCUUAGACACUGUGAAGGCGCAGCCGCACAAGCCGAUCCUUCUCUAUGAAGAUGAGACUUUUACCUACCAGGACGCCGAUGAGCUCAGCAACAAAGCUGCAAGAGUGUUCCUGCUGAGCGGACUUAAGGAGGGCGACACGGUAGCGCUGCUCCUCGGAAACGAGCCCAUGUUUGUGUGGCUGUGGUUGGGUUUGGCCAAGAUCGGAUGCUCAGCUGCUCCUCUGAACUACAACAUCAGAUCCAGGUCCCUGCUGCACUGUUUCAGCUGCAGCGGAGCCACAACUCUGGUCGCAGCUGAAGAGUUACAGGAUGCUGUGGAGGAGGUCCUGCCCAGUCUGUUGGAGCAGCAGAUCACUGUUUUCAUCCUGGCCGACAGAUGCAGGACUGCAGAUGUGAAGAGCUUCAAAGACAAAAUGAGCCAGGCCUCCUCUGAGCCAAUAUCCAAGGAUUUAAGGUCACAUUUAACCUUGCAGAGUCCUGCAGUCUACAUAUACACAUCAGGGACAACAGGUUUGCCUAAAGCAGCAGUGGUCAGUCAUGCCAAACUGUGGGGCCACUCUUUGCUUCUGUCUAUAAUAGGAGUGAAGGCCAAGGAUGUGAUUUAUAUUAGCCUCCCUCUCUAUCACACUGCUGGCUUCAUUGGUAUCACCGCCACCAUUGAGAGGGGUAUGACGGCGGUUUUAAGGAAUAAAUUUUCUGCAUCUCAGUUCUGGGAUGACUGCAGAAAGUAUAACGUCACUAUCAUACAGUACAUAGGUGAAAUUAUGCGUUACCUCUGCAACACACCAAAGAAACUCAGUGAUCGAAACCACAAAGUACAAAUUGCGAUAGGAAACGGGAUCAGGCCGGAUGUUUGGAGGGACUUCACGAGCAGGUUUGGAAACGUUCAAAUCAGGGAGUUUUACGGAGCGACAGAAGGGAAUUUUUCUCUGGUGAACUACAGCGGCAAGGCUGGAGCUGUUGGGCGAGACACCUUCCUCCACAGGAUGUUAUUUCCAUACAGCCUGAUCAAAUAUGAUGUGGAUAAUGAGCGGCCUGUGAGGGAUUCUGCGGGGCUCUGCGUAGAGGCUGACAAAGGCGAGCCUGGACUCCUGGUGUGUAAAAUAUCAGCCCGUACACCGUUCGCUGGCUACGCGAGAGACCUGCAGCAAACUGAGAAGAAGAAGCUGCGUGACGUCCACAAGAAAGGAGACGUGUACUUCAACACAGGCGACCUGCUGAGAGUCGACAAAGACAAUUUCAUCUACUUUCAGGAUCGAGUUGGAGACACUUUCAGAUGGAAAGGAGAGAACGUGGCCACAACCGAGGUGGCUGAGAUCCUCACGCUGGUCGGCUGCAUUAAAGAAGCCAACGUGUAUGGAGUUGAAGUGCCAGGUCAGGAGGGGAGAGCAGGAAUGGCUGCCGUCACUUUGAGUGAAGGACAGAGAUUUGACUCCGCAGGUGUUUUUGAACACGUGGAAAAAUUCCUGCCGUCCUACGCAAGGCCACGUUUCCUGAGGGUUCAGAGCUCCAUAGACGUUACAGGCACGUUCAAGCAUUUGAAGGUGAAGCUGGUGGAGGAGGGCUUCGACCCAAAUCAAAUAGCGGACCCACUCUUCUUUCGGGAUGAGAAAGACAAGAAUUACGUCCCGCUGACGCUGGACAUAUUCGAUUCAGUGAGAUCAGGGAAGAUCAAAAUCUAA